CGUGGCCGGCGCGCAGGGGGAGGGCGCUGGGAGGAGGGGCCGCUGCUCGGCGCUAGUGGCUCUGGGGGCUCGGCUUUGCCGCGCUCGGUGCACUUGGGCGAGAGCAGGAACGUGGAACGUAGCUCCGAUCCCAGCGCAGCCACCGCGAUGAGAGGCGCUCGCGGCGCCUGGGAUUUUCUCAGCGUCCUGCUCCUCCUGUUCCGCGUCCAGACAGGCUCUUCUCAACCAUCUGUGAGUCCAGGGGAACUGUCUCUACCAUCCAUCCACCCAGCAAAAUCAGAGUUAAUAGUCAGCGUUGGCGACGAGAUUAGGCUGUUAUGCACCGAUCCAGGAUUUGUCAAAUGGACUUUUGAGACCCCGGGUCAAUUGAGUGAGAACACACGCAAUGAAUGGAUCACAGAGAAAGCCGAGGCCGCCAACACAGGCAAUUACACGUGCACCAACAGAGAUGGUUUAAGCAGGUCCAUUUAUGUGUUUGUUAGAGAUCCUGCACAGCUUUUCCUCGUUGACCUUCGCUUGUAUGGGAAAGAAGACAAUGAUACGCUGGUCCGCUGUCCUCUGACAGACCCAGAGGUGACCAAUUACUCCCUCAAGGGGUGUGAGGGGAAGCCUCUUCCCAAGGACUUGACGUUUGUCGCUGAUCCCAAGGCUGGCAUCACGAUCAGACAUGUGAAGCGCGAGUAUCACCGGCUCUGCUUGCACUGCUCUGCAGACCAGAAGGGCAAGUCCGUGCUGUCGAUGAAAUUCACCCUGAAAGUGAGGGCAGCCAUCAGAGCUGUCCCGGUGGUGUCGGUGUCCAAAGCAAGCUCUCUUCUUAGGGAAGGGGAGGAAUUCUCUGUGAUGUGCUCGGUAAAGGAUGUGUCUAGUUCUGUGGACUCCAUGUGGAUCAAGGAAAAUAGUCAGCAGACUAAUGCACAGACUCAGAGUAAUAGUUGGCAUCAGGGUGACUUCAAUUUCGUACGUCAGGAAAGAUUGACUAUCAGCUCAGCAAGAGUUAAUGAUUCUGGAGUAUUCAUGUGUUACGCCAAUAAUACUUUCGGAUCAGCGAAUGUCACAACCACCUUGGAAGUUGUCGAUAGAGGAUUCAUUAAUAUCUUCCCCAUGAUGAAUACUACAAUAUUUGUAAAUGAUGGAGAGAAUGUGGAUUUGAUUGUUGAAUAUGAGGCAUAUCCCAAACCUGAGCACCAGCAGUGGAUCUAUAUGAACAGAACCUUCACUGAUAAAUGGGAAGAUUAUCCCAAGUCUGACAAUGAAAGUAAUAUCAGAUAUGUGAGUGAGCUUCAUCUAACCAGAUUAAAAGGGAACGAAGGAGGCACUUACACAUUUCAAGUGUCCAAUUCCGAUGUCAAUUCUUCUGUGACAUUUAAUGUUUAUGUGAACACAAAACCAGAAAUCCUGACUCAUGAAAGUCUCGUGAAUGGCAUGCUCCAGUGUGUGGUAGCAGGAUUCCCAGAGCCCACAGUAGAUUGGUAUUUUUGUCCAGGAACUGAGCAGAGGUGUUCCGUUCCUAUCGGGCCAAUGGAUGUGCAGAUGCAAAACUCAUCUGUCUCACCGUCUGGAAAACUCGUGGUUCAGAGCUCCAUUGAUUACAGCACAUUCAAGCACAACGGCACGGUCGAGUGUAGGGCUUACAACAAUGUGGGCAGGAGUUCUGCCUUUUUUAACUUUGCAUUUAAAGGUAACAGCAAAGAACAAAUCCAUCCCCACACCCUGUUCACACCUUUGCUGAUUGGUUUUGUGAUCGCGGCUGGUAUGAUGUGCAUUAUCGUGAUGAUUCUUACCUACAAAUAUUUACAGAAACCCAUGUAUGAAGUACAGUGGAAGGUUGUUGAGGAGAUAAAUGGAAACAAUUACGUUUACAUAGACCCAACACAACUUCCUUAUGAUCAUAAAUGGGAGUUUCCCAGAAACAGGCUGAGUUUUGGGAAAACUCUGGGCGCCGGUGCCUUCGGGAAAGUGGUUGAGGCUACUGCAUACGGCCUCAUUAAGUCAGAUGCGGCCAUGACUGUGGCCGUUAAGAUGCUCAAACCAAGUGCCCAUUUAACCGAACGAGAGGCCCUGAUGUCUGAGCUCAAAGUCUUGAGUUACCUUGGUAAUCACAUGAAUAUUGUGAAUCUUCUUGGAGCAUGCACCAUUGGAGGGCCCACCCUGGUCAUCACUGAAUACUGCUGCUAUGGUGAUCUUUUGAAUUUUUUGCGAAGAAAACGUGAUUCAUUUAUUUGCUCAAAGCAGGAAGAUCACGCUGAAGUGGCACUUUAUAAGAACCUUCUGCAUUCAAAGGAGUCUUCCUGCAAUGAUAGUACUAAUGAAUACAUGGACAUGAAACCCGGAGUUUCUUAUGUGGUGCCAACCAAGGCAGACAAAAGGAGAUCUGCGAGAAUAGGCUCAUACAUAGAAAGAGAUGUGACUCCCGCCAUCAUGGAAGAUGACGAGUUGGCCCUGGACCUGGAGGACUUGCUGAGUUUUUCUUACCAGGUGGCCAAGGGCAUGGCAUUCCUCGCCUCAAAGAAUUGUAUUCACAGAGACUUGGCUGCUAGAAAUAUCCUCCUUACUCAUGGUCGAAUCACAAAGAUUUGUGAUUUUGGUCUAGCCAGAGACAUCAAGAAUGAUUCUAAUUAUGUGGUCAAAGGAAACGCUCGGCUGCCUGUGAAGUGGAUGGCACCUGAAAGCAUUUUCAACUGUGUGUACACAUUUGAAAGUGAUGUCUGGUCCUAUGGGAUUUUUCUGUGGGAGCUGUUCUCUUUAGGAAGCAGCCCCUACCCCGGGAUGCCAGUUGAUUCUAAGUUCUACAAGAUGAUCAAGGAAGGGUUCCGAAUGCUCAGCCCUGAGCAUGCACCUGCCGAAAUGUAUGACAUCAUGAAGACUUGCUGGGAUGCUGAUCCCCUAAAAAGGCCAACGUUCAAGCAGAUCGUGCAGCUCAUUGAGAAGCAGAUUUCAGAUAGCACCAAUCAUAUUUAUUCCAACCUAGCAAACUGCAGCCCCCACCAGGAGCGUCCUGUGGUGGACCAUUCUGUGCGGAUCAACUCUGUGGGCAGCAGCGCAUCUUCUACCCAGCCUCUGCUGGUUCACGAAGAUGUCUGAAGCAGGAGGCGUGCCGGGGGAGGGGGGGGUCCUCCCCCAACAGGAACGAUCCCUGUUCUUUUGGUUUCUAUACUGGUUGUUUUGUUCUCCUUCAGCUUGCAUCCUAUUCCAGAGUAGUCGACACGCCGCUGUAAUCCUGUCUUGACGCACACACUUUAGUGGCCAGUGAUUUUUGUUACCAGCCACCAUCCCUUUUAAGAGUUCAGACUGCAUCUUCUACUCCCCAGAGCCAGGCAGCCCCCAUUAAUGAAAACAAAAUAAUAAUACAGACUUGGGAGCAAGGGAGGGUGGGAUGGGCUGGACACCUUGAGUCCUUACCAAGACUUCUCCGAUUUGUUUGAAAAGCAUCGCUGAUAGUUCAUUUGAAUAAAUGGCAGUAGUCACCUUCGGGCCUCCUAACCAUCCAUAAUGAUACGAUGAUGCCGCAAGAUUAGAAGCUGAAACCUGAUCUCUCGAUGUGGAACAUGGAAUGUUAUUAGAACAAAGGGCAGAAGUCUAUGAAUAUCUGGGCUUAAGAAAUCUACUAUUUCAUGCUGGGAAUGAGACAUAGGCCAUGGAAAAAUGCUCCCCGAGCAUGAAUAAAGACACGCUGCUGGGCAUGAGCCUUUGUGCUACUGACCGGGUUUGUAAAUAGCGUUUGCUGUUAGGACGCUGAAUUGGAGAGAAGGCCUCCCCAGCCAGCAUUUGUAUAUACUCAUCUAUACAUCGUACAUGUUCGUAUAUUUGAGGGGGGAAAACCCACACGGUGUCGUUUCUGGAUACGACCCUGGCUCAAGUCUGCUGUGUGUAGAAAUAGAUGAAGAGCCAGACAAGUUUGAAGGAAACAGUGUUUUCUGUUUUGUUUUUAAAGAAAAAAACCAUAAUUGCCAAGCACAAUCUUAACAAAAAUCUUUUGUAGCCUAUGAACUUGCUCCCCAGAUUCUCCAGAACAAGCCUACCAGCUUCAGAAUGGCAUUGUGCUCAAUGGAUUCAAUGCCAUUGGAAAAAGUGACUGAUUCACUGCAUGACUUCCGCGGGAGGGACAAAACAAUGCUGUUUUAGUUUGGAUUCUUCGGUAGCCAGAAAUUAAAUUUAGAUUCAGCCUCCUCUGCAGGCAUGUCCUGGAUGCCGGGCCAGUACCUAUAUGAGAGAGAGAGAGAGAGAGAGAGAGAGAGAGAGAGAGAGAGAGUGUGUGUGUGUGUGUGUGUGUGUGUGUGUGUGUGUGUGUGUGCGCGCGCUUAUAGACAAAUAUUUGGGGGGCGGUGUUCUUGCCUUGCCGGGCCAGUACCUAUAUAAGAGAGUGUGUGUGUGUGUGCGUGUGUGCGUGUGUGCGUGUGUGCGUGUGUGUGUGCUUAUAGACAAAUAUUUGGGGGGCGGUGUUCUUGCCUUGAUCCCAAGAGGGCCCUUCAGUACUCAAGAAGUAGCUUGGCCUUCAUCAUCAGUACUGCUUUUGUUUCUCUUCACCUAGCUGUCUGGAGGAACUUCCCAGAAGCUUACAUAGCAUCCCCAUAGGAAGCAGAGUGCUUAAAUACUUAUUUAUUUGCAAUCCACCUACACCUCAAGCACCCCGUUGUUUAUACUGAACAUACUACACCCACUCCUUAGACCUAAGGCUACUCUCCUGCUAAAGCAUAUUUAAAUUUUACCCUUUAGGCUGUAGCCUGGAUAUUAUUCUUAAGAGUUCACUUUUUUUUUUUCCCCAACUCACUGCCCAACUGUCAAGAGGUCCAUGUGUGUGCCACAAGGUUUGUGUGUUGUCUCGCGAGAUUCAGGUAUGCUGCCUUCACGGUUCCCCCUCCUGGGUCCCUUAGACUACGUUUAGAGAACUGUGGUCAUUUAUCUGGAAGUAACCAUUUGCACUGGAGUUCUAUACUCUCGCACCUUUCCAAAGGUAACAGGUUUUGGGGUUUUGUCGUCACAUGAGAGAUCAUCACUGUUUGCCAUCCUUUGUCGGAACAUUUCCUUUGUGUUUCUAUUGCCUUUGAUUAUAGUCAGAAAAGUGGUUGUUAAUUAUAGAUGUCUAGGUACUUCAGGGGCACUUCACUGAGAGUUUUGUCUUGGAUAUUCUUGAAAGUUUAUAUUUUUAUAAUUUUUUUUUUACAUCGGAUGUUUCUUUUCAGUGGCUUAAUGUUUGAAAUUAUUUUAUGGCUUUUUUUGUAAAUAUUGAAAUGUAGCAAUAAUGUCUUUUGAAUAUUCCCAGGCCCGUGAGUCCUUGAAAAUAUUUUUUAUAUAUACAGUAACUUUAUGUGUAAAUAUGUAAGCGGUGCAAGUUUAAAGGAUGUUGGUGUUCCAUGUGUUUUUUCCUGUUAUGUUAUCCAAUUGUUGACAGUUCUGAAGAAUUCUAAUAAAAAUGUACAUAUAUAAAUCAA